UCAAAGAUGGGGAUGUGCUUAUUACUAUACAUAUGCAGUGUUGUAUUGACGUGUAAUUUGGUACAGGGGGAUACAGAUUUCAAACCAAAUCCAAACUCACUGCGUUUCACAAUGUUAGCCGACUGGGGUGGAAUGCCUGAUUCACCAUAUAGAACUCCUAUAGAAAUGGCUGUCGGCAGUGCUAUGGGAGCUAUAGCAGACACUUACGGAUCACAGUUCACCUUGGCAUUGGGUGAUAACUUUUAUUAUGAUGGAGUGCAAAAUGUGGAUGAUCCAAGGUUUAAGAAUACAUUUGAAAAUGUAUUUGUGUCAAAGUCAUUACAGAAUCCAUGGUAUUUUAUUGCUGGUAAUCAUGAUCAUAAUGGAAAUAUUUCAGCACAAAUAGACUAUUCUAAGAUAUCGCCUCGUUGGAAUUUUCCUGACACCAAUUACAGCAAAGUUUUCAGUAUUGGCAACUCUACUAAAACAUUAUUAGUGGUGAUGAUAGAUACUAUUAUAAUAUGUGGAAACACAGAUGAUGCUAUAACAGGUUCUAAACUGGAUGGACCGGUAGAUCCAGCUGCUGCUCAAGCACAGUUGCAAUGGAUUGAUGACACUUUGAGAAAAUCUAAUGAUACAUAUAUAAUAGUUAGCGGUCACUAUCCUGUCUGGUCUAUAGCUGAGCAUGGCCCCACUGAGUGUCUCUUGCAACAACUAAAACCUAUGCUGGAAAAAUACAUGGUUACAGCAUACUGCAGUGGACAUGACCAUAGCUUACAGCAUAUCAAAGGAAACGACAGUGUAAACUACUUUGUCGUUGGUUCUGGUGCUAUAGUGGAUCCCUCUACUAACCAUACAGAUGCCAUCCCACGUGGAUCACUCCAGUUUCAUUAUGCUGAUCCCAAUAGUCUUGGGGGAUUUGCUUUCGUUGAAAUGACGCAUCAAAGUGCAGUGUUCACAUUCAUUGAUGCUACAGCCCAUAAAGAUCUAUACCAAACUACACUUUAUCCAAGAAAAAGAUGAUGACAUAUAGUUUUAUUAUAAUAUUAACUGUCAUCAAGGUUGGUAUUGGUUACUUCGUUUUGCAACCUUGUGUUUUUCUGUAACAUCAGAAUGACUAAGAAUGGUUUACGC